GAACAGCUUCAAGAAAGCAAUGGACAUUUGAUUUCUGAGCCUAAAGAUCUUGGUAACCUGCAGGGAGCACAGAGACUUCAGAAUGCUGGAGCAGACUGGAGCAAUGCCAGAGAUUGUGUUCCUGUUGGAAAGAGUCUGGACACGCACUCCAGGGCCAAUCCAGAAGUGUCAAGGAAUCAAAGCCCACAAGUUCAUAUAGGAGAAUGGAGUCCCUGCAAAGGACAAGAAACAGCUGGGAGCAUGGCAGAGAAGCUGUCCUCCAGCAGCCUGCUCAGGGACAGAGCUAAAGCAGCCAGCCUUGCACAAUCGGUCAGUCAGGACCCGGCAGGCCACGAGGACUGGGAAGUGGUGUCUAGGCACUCAUCUUGGGGGGAUGUUGGUUUGGGUGGCAGUCUUGAGGGCCUGAGUCAGGGAAUGAAUGAUGGCAGAAGUACUCUUGUGGGAGGAAGAGGCUGGGAAGCAGAUGGGAAGGCGACAUCCCCUCAGCAGGUCAACAUCCAGUUCAAGGUACACUACACCACAAGCACCGAUGUGCAGUUCAUUGCAGUAACGGGAGACCAUGAGAAUCUUGGGGGAUGGACCAGAUACAUCCCACUCCACUAUUGUAAGGAUGGGCUGUGGUCUCAUUCUGUCUUCCUGCCUGCGGACACGGUGGUGGAAUGGAAGUUUGUGUUGGUUGAGAACAGGGAAGUUACUCGCUGGGAAGAAUGCAGCAACAGACUCCUGCAGACUGGCCAUGAGGAUAAGGUGGUUCAUGGGUGGUGGGGGAUUCACUGACUCACAGUGCAAAGCAUCCUAGCGAGAGGCUGAGUCAGAAUGUGGAAGAGGCUAAGGCUGUAGAGCACACUGCAUAAUUUAAAG